AUCUGACGUGUCGCGGGCAAAACGCUUUUCAUUUUCGUGAAACAUUCAUAAUUCCUUGAGUUGUUGCGUCGGCAGGAGCGCGUGGGACAAAGCGCGUAAAUACACGUAUUGGAUAAACCAUUAAUGGGCCCACCGAUAAGGUCUCCCGAUUUCUCUAUUGAUUGCCACCUGCCCCCGCAGCGGGUGACGCAUAGCCGGAAUAGAGCUCGUUUAGGGGUCGUGACUCGGGCCUGGUCUGCACACUUAUGUGGAGUUAAACCAAUUAGUGUGCCGAGCAGUCCUGGGCUGAAUAUUACGCAUACGCCCCGACGCACAAGCGAACAACUGCGGUCGGUCCGUGCCUCUGCGUCGGCUAAAACUGGCUGAAACUAAUUUGGCAAUUGCCGAAACGUUGCCACAAAGUUUGCACUUGACAAAUAAAUAGAUAAAUUGAUUCGAUUCAAAUGAAACCAUAAUUCGGUGGAUUCAUGUGUGCCAGCAGCAGUGAAAAUUCAAUUUUCCACAAACAAAAGUGCCCAAAAGUGAAACGCGAGCACUGAUAAAGAUAAUUUCUUCAUUUGUGCAAGCCCAAACUCUUACCAGACAUGACUGACAUCCAAAUAGUGUAUCAAAUAUAGAUAUUCAGCUGAAGAGGUACAAGUUUGGUGGCCAUGGUUUAAAGAACUCGUAACUCUUAAAGUUUCCAUCCACGAAUGGAAAAUAUAGAAAACACAAAGAGGAAUAAAUGAAUUGACUCUUUUGAGCAAUCAGAUUUCAGAUCGCCAGGCACAUGUAUCUCUAUAAUUUCCGCGAGGGGGCAAGCAAGUCUGCCGGCGGCGGCGGGAAGCUACAAUCGAAGGCAAACCGGACGAAGCGGUCGCGGGACAUGGGCCUCGUGCAGCAGCCGGAGGAGAUACACUACCGAACACACCUGUUCUUCUCACCCAAUCGUCCUGGCUAUGACGUUGGAGAAGAACGAUGCAGCGCACUCUCAGGCAUACCGAGUACCCCAAUCUUGAGCACAGCCACGUCCUUCGCCCUGCCCGGCAACUUGCAACCCUAUGAGUUGGACGCCCCCCAGCCGCUGGUCGAUCGCCGGCCGUCCUUUUCCCUGAUGCGGUGGAAUAGCAGUAGCAGCGGACCGGGUACUGUCAGCAGCAGUGCGAAUAACAGUUUGCUACGCCUGCAGCAGCAGCAGCAGCAUCAGCAGCAGCAGCAGCAGCAGCAGCAGCAGAUGCACUUGGCAACAGCAACAACAACCUUGGGAUACGGUCAUGGUGAUGCAACAGUGGCCACGGCAACAACCACGUUGCUGACGGCCGCGGCUGCAGCCACGCGGCAAGUGAACUUUGGUGGUGGUGGCCACUCUGGAGUCACGCGAGCCGAGCCGAUCUCCCUGGCUACCUUGGAUCGGGACUGCUUCAUCAUUCCUGUGCAUAGUGUGGACCGCUUCCUGCCGGCCGGUAUACCGCUACCCGCUCUGAGUGCCGAUGGCAAGACAGCCAGUCCGCUGAGCGUCCUGGAGGUCUCCGAUCCGAAACUAUGCAUUCUGGUGCAUUUGAUGAGCCCCUUGGAGGCUAUCGAUCCCGUGAUGGAGUCACCCUUGGCGCACCCGCUGCUCAAGCAGCGCUCAAUCGCCUCCGAGCUGGUGUCGGAGGUGCAGCAGGCCAACACAGCCGUGGGCGGCAUGCUCCUGGCCAACAUGGAGAAGAGCUCCGAGUUCCCAUUCAUCUCGUACUAUCUCAUCAAUACGCUGCAAACGGAUCCUUCCAGCUUCUAUGCCAGCCUGCGCGUCUCAUCGCUGUCCAAGUUCGAGCCCAAGGCCCUCAAAUACACUGCCGCCCACACUCUGGAUCUUUAUAGCGAGGUGGCAUCCAUUUACCGGCCGCCGUUGGUGCUGCCCUCGAACGAGGCCGGGAGCUUUAAGAAGUCGCAGACCGCGGCCACCGGCUACAUUAUUACCGUGUUCAAGGUGUUCGAGGGCGACGAUGGCGAAAGGUUUGAAAAGAAUUGGCUCUACUGGACAGGGGCCCGGAUGCUGUACAGAUACUUGCCACGGGCGGCGGGUCUGCGGCGCAUCGCUCUGCACAAGAGCACCUCACAGAAGGGGGACAAGAUGUACCUCCUGGUUUGCGAGUGUGCCGACUUGCUCAAGGACAUCUCGCUGGCCGCCUUCCUCAUACCGGCCAUGCGGGCCAGGCUCUGCGGCUACACGGGACUCUAUCGACCAAUACAGGCCUUCUAGAUGGAAUCGCCAUCGCCCUAUAUUUUUCUAUCAGCUAUAAAUAGUUUAGUCCGACUAAAACUCAAAUGAAACAAACACUGCAAUACGGCUGAGAUGGACUCUGCACCUGUUACGUGAUUCGAUUCUGAUUCGAUAUUUACUAGCCCUAAACAAAUUUUAAAACUCUCUCAACUCAGAUACGGAUCAACAUCUGCCAAUUAACACUCGAUAGGCGUAUAUCGUAUAUAAAUAGGAGACAAUAUACUCAAGGUAACUCAUAUCGUAUGUUAGAUUUUUCUAUAAAACAUCUCGGGAGACAGACCCAAUAAAUAGGACCAUAUCUAGUGUGAGUUGCUAGCGAAGAACUUCCAUUUUAGCCACAACAAAUAGCUAAUCAAUCAGAGCUAUCUAUAUGUAUUCGAACCUAGAUAUAUCAAAAGUUUAACAUAACUUCGUACAUAUGUAUGUAGAAUAGACAGAUGUAUAAACGCUGAAUUUUUCGCGCUGAAAAGUAGCCUAACAAAACCGCAAACCAAGAGUCAAUUCUUAGUAUAAAAUCUAGAAAAUGUUGAUCAGAAUAACCGCAAUGUGGUCGAGAGAAAACUUUGCCCAAAUCUAACAAUCUGCCAAAAAUUAGCAAAAAAAACAAAACAUAAAAAUUCCGUUUGGGGUUAAAAAAAUUAUAUAAAAUUUCACUUUUAUAUACUCGUAUGUAGCUAUGUAUGUAUGUAGAAGAAUAAGGAUGCGAUGCAGACCAAACCAAAGUUUUUCAAUAAUAAUUAAUUAACAAAUUUUUGCUUGGCUAAAGCUUGCCACUAAGCCUACUAUUAAGAGACAUACUAAAUAACCUAAUGAUAUUUAAAAAUAUACAUAGGAAAAGCGAGAGAGAGAAAUAGAGAGAGUAUAUAUGUAUGUGUUGGUGAACUUGUUAGGCACUUACUCCAUACACACUCCCACACAGACCAGGACUCUGUUGGAGGGACAUAUAAUUUUGCACAAUAAAAACAAUAUCAAAAAGUGCUGUGAUAAUUAAACUAAAGCAGAAAGGAGCCACACAAAAUGAAGAAUCGUGCUGAAG